UGAUCAGGAGUUCACAUUUCUGGGAAAGUGGAGCGAGAGACUCUUCUGUGGGGGACAUCCAGCGGGUCCGUGGUAUUUGCUGUCAAACGGCAUCGAUCAACUGUUGAUGCACCGCGGCCACGCCACUGGGGCGGGAGAAGGGUGGCAGCCCGAGCCGUUAGUUCCUGGCUCUGUUGUGUGAGGAAAGAUUUUUGUACCCUUCACUUGUUCCCCGUUCUCGUCUCCUCUCUUAGCUUUCUUUUUUUUAUUCUCUCCCCUGGUGGAUAGUUUUUUUUUUACGAGUUCCAAACGAAACGAAGACUAAAGAGGCUCCGAGGAGAAGUUUCAAGCAGAGAGUCGUAGAAGGAAGGAGAGAGAGAGAGAGAAAUAGAACAAGACAUUUGGUGAUAUAUACGCGCAGUUGGAGAUUAUGUCAUGCAUAGGAUUACACGUUUGGUUACUCACUGUCCGGCAUGAAGCUGACCACUGGUUGUCUACUAAGGCUAUUUUUAACGCUGAUGGUCAUUGCUCUAGUCUGCGAGGGGAAGAGCCCUUCAACAACUAACAAAGCCAAACACUGUGAGCUAGGAACUCACACGUGUCACCAAGAUGCAAUAUGUCUCAGCACACGUAAGUCCUUCCGGUGCAAGUGUAAGCCGGGAUAUAACGGGGACGGAAAAGUUUGCAAAGAUGAUGAUGAAUGUCACGAUGAGAAUGGAGGCUGUGCACAGAACUGCAUCAACACACCGGGUAACUACACAUGUGCUUGCCACGACGGUUUUAUUCUUGCACCGGACGGCAAAGAUUGCAUAGAUAAAAAUGAAUGUUUUGAAAACAAGGGAGGCUGCUCUCACCAAUGCGUUAACUCCCUUGGGAGUUUUGAGUGCAAGUGUAAUUCAGGCUAUUCGCUGAUUUCGUCCGGGAAGCAGUGCGAAUUUGGAGAAUGGUGUCGCAUCAUGCAUGGCUGUGAUCAUAACUGUAGGACCUCGUCCACCAGCAACAAAGUGGAGUGUUUCUGCAGGACUGGAUACUUUCUACAUUCCGAUGGGAAGAGAUGUGUUCGAAGUUGUGAGCUGGGAAAUGGAGGUUGCCAACACAAAUGCAAUACAACAGCAGACGGCCCGGUCUGUUCAUGUGCUGCCAGAUACUUGUUGAAUCUUGAUGGGAAAACUUGCAGAGCUUCAUGUUCAGUAAAUAAUGGUGGGUGUGAGAGAAAGUGCAUGGAUUCUAUUAACGGCCCAGUUUGCCAAUGCCCUGAAGGUUUUAAAUUACACCAAGAUGGACGAUCCUGUAUAGAUGUAGAUGAAUGUGAGAAAAAAAUGGAUGGCUGCUCUCACAUGUGUGAAAAUAUAAAAGGCAGUUUUGAAUGUGUUUGCCCUCCAGGCUAUAAAGUCAGCUCUGAUUACAAAACUUGUGUAGAUAUUGAUGAAUGUGUUAUGAAAUCAACCUGUGAUCAUAAAUGUGAAAACUUGCCAGGAUCUUUUAAGUGUCAUUGUAAGCCUGGUUACCAGCUCUAUGGAGUCACUCAUUGUGCUGAUAUCAAUGAGUGUUCUGUACAAAAUGGAGGAUGUGUCUACAAUUGUACCAACACAGAAGGAAGUUACAAAUGCUCUUGUAAAGAAGGUCUUAAGCUACAUCCAAAUAAACAUGAUUGUAUAGAUAUGAGGCAAUGUACCACUGUGGUGCAACAGCCUAAUUCAGUCCUUACCUGUGUACCUGUGGGACCUAAGGAGCAACACUGUGUCAUGACCUGUGAGGAGAAUGCCUUCCUUAUCAAUGACGCUGGUUACUUAAACUCAACCAGCAUUUCCUUCAGGUGUGGACCAAGCACAAAUUAUGAAUGGACAAACAUGCCAACUGGCAAGCUACCUCAGUGUUCAAGAAAUAUUUUAGCACCCAGUUUGACAAAGAAAGCCAGGUUUGUCCUGAUCAGAGACUCUUGCAGUGUUGAGCCAGUAGAAGCAGAGAUGAUUAAAAAAAACUUGACUGAUAUUUUCAACUAUGACCAAAAAUACAAAUGCAAUAACAGCUGUCAGAUUAAUUUUGUUGAGUUUUCCUGUGGGUCAAGAAGAAAAAAAUUUCAACAAAUGGCUAAAAGAAGUGGAAAGAAAUUAGUGACAACAGAAUUUGAGCUACAAAUUAACCCAAGAGAGAUAUCAUAUAACUGUGAUGUUGACUGCAGAUCAAAAAAAACUCGGAAGAAGUUCAACAAAAUCUUGAAGAAGGCAAGACAGUCUAUUAAAGGGCAAAAGUUCUCUAUCAGGUUAUACAAUAAAGAGUACAAACCAAUGAAGAAAAGUUUUAAGCCAGAGAAAGCUGUUGAAGAACUUUGUGUGAAUGGAACACAGCUUAUCAAUAAAACAUGCAUUGGCUGCUCCUAUGGGACAUAUUAUGAUAUUCAGACUAAGAAAUGUACACUGUGUCCAUGGGGAACAUACCAAGACAAGGAAGCUCAGUUUUCAUGCAUAGAAUGUCCUAAUUGGCAACCUGGUUCUGGACAAGAAGGGGCCACAACCUUAGAACAAUGCAAUGAUCUGUGUGAGCCUGGAACAUACUCUACUUCUGGACGUAAGCCAUGUUUGCUUUGCAGUGUUGGUACCUAUCAGCCCAAAUAUGGCAGAAUAUCUUGUCGCCCCUGUGGGAUGGGUUUGAGAACCAAAAGUACAGGUAGCACUGGAUUUCAAGAUUGUCUAGUUAAAGUGACCUGCAAGGCUGGCCAUUAUUAUAAUAUUUCCACUCAAACUUGCUCCUCAUGUCCGAGAGGGUUCUACCAACCUCGUACUGGGCAGGACUUUUGUUAUACCUGUCCAGGUAAGACCAUGACUGAUUUUGAAGGCUCUACACUAGCAGAAGACUGUAAAGAUCGAAGAUGUGGUCAACACAUGGGAGAUUACUAUGGCAUACUGGAAAGCCCUAAUUACCCUGGAAACUACCCAGUCAAUGUGGAGUGUGUGUGGAAAAUUAAACCCCAGAAGCAGCGCAGAAUUCUCAUCAUCAUUCCUCAGAUACAGCUAGCAGACAAUGACAAAUGUGAAGAUAAAAUCAUCAUGAGGAAAACUAAAAAUCCAUACAGUCAAAACUCCUAUGAGACUUGUGAAAGUCGCGAGAGACCUAUAGCCUUCACCGCUAAGUCUAAAAAACUCUGGAUACAAUUUAAAUCCACUGGAAACAAAACAGCACAAGGAUUUUCAAUACCUUUUGUAGCUUAUAAUGAAGAAUAUGAAUCACUUGUAGAAGAUAUUGUCAGAGAUAGUCGAUUGUAUAGCACAAGCCAACACCAGCAAAUAUUUAAGGAUCGCCAGUUGCUGACAGUGUUACUUGAAGUUAUUGCUACUCCAUAUUCCUAUCUGAAGUAUUUUAAUGUCUCCCAAUCAAUGUUUCCUCCAUCAUUCAUCAAUCUACUGAAGCCUAAAGUAAGAAGAUUUUUUCAAAGCUGAACAUGGGAAUACAACAAAAAGCAAAUAAUACCAGAAACAUUUUUUUAAGGUUUUAUAUUUUCAAUGCAAGAAACCAUCUUCACAGAUUUGUGAGAACUUUAUUUAUUUAGGCAUAAAUAUAUUUUAUGCAUUUAUAGCAAUGGGGCAUACGAGAGCUUCAGAUUUUUCAAAGUCUGAUUUUUAUAAGCAAUAAAAAAGUCUUUAACAAUUAGUAAUUAACUAUGUGGUAUUUUAAAUAAGAAGUUUGUCCACAUAAUCUGGUAACAAUAUUUAAUACACUCAUUUGCAAAAUGGAAAAUUGUGAUAUAUAUUUGAUUUUAAAAAGAUUUACAUCUACCUAAGAAAGAUCAUGGUUCGGUUUAAUUAAGGUUAACAGAUCUUUCAAUUCUUUCAAUAAUUACUGAAAAUAAUAGUGUCCCAAGGAUAAAAAUUAUUUGCACUCACCAACUCUAAGGGUACAAUUUUUUUAUUUUUUUUUGUGAUAACUUAAUAUGUGAUAUGUGAUAGACAUUUCAAGACUAAAAUAUUUGCAGUAAGCCUUCAACUUACAAGUUGUCUAUAAAUCUUAACAUAGUUCUUUUUUCUUUUCAAAACUAUUAAAUAAUAACUAAUUAAGAGUAAUUUUUCAUGAACAGUUAAAAGCUAGUAAUUAGUUGAUAUAAUUUUUUGAAUUGUUUACAAUAGACAUUGUCGUCUCACAAUGGUGCCAUGAAAUAGUUUUCUUUUUAAAACAUUUGACACUUUGUACAUGUAACCUGAACAAAAAAGAAACAUUUGCAAUUGACUGCAACACUAAUAUUAUAGAAAAAAGUGAACAGCAUAGUAAACCUUAACAUGUGAACGCUUUAAUUAAAAGCUGCAAUCUUUUUAUGAUUAAAAAAUGUUGAGUUUAUGGAGUUUUUAAAACAAUAAUUUGUUUAAUGUCAUAUUUUGUAUUGUAUAGUGUACAGUGAAGCUAUGUUGAGUAGACUGUACAGUUUACUUUAAAAUAUUCGGUGUUUUCAUGGCCAUGUUCUUAACUUGUCAUAUUGUUGAUUUCUUUUCUGUUUUUAAAUAGCCCUGUGCGAAUGCUGUUUUUUUUUUGUUUUUUUUCCGCUUCAAAUUCAAAUACCAAGGUUGAUUUUUUGCAACUAUGAAUAAUGGCCAGAACAAUUACUUUAUAUUAUUUGAGGUAGUUUUUUUUUAUAAUAAAUUUGAUUCAAAUUGCAUUCAAUCACCAGUCACUAUUCAAUUAGCAAUUGAUUUUUCAAACAUUUGCACAGGGUUAUUUUUAAGUAGGCUAUAAUGAACAAACAUAACAGACAAUUAUCAAAGUUUUUGUUUUUGAGAAUUACUUGGUAGAGUACAUAAUUACACAAGCUAAUGAUAUUUUAGCUAAUUUGAUAUUCAUGUUUAGUUAUGUUAAUGUUUAUCUUUUUUUUUUUAAACAUGUCUGAAAUUUGUUCUCGAAUAUUUUUGUUCCAUUUUUUUUAUAUGCAAUUUGUUCCUAUACAUUUUAUUUUCAAUUAAUGAUUUUCUACUAUUAAAACAAAUCAGUGAUUGGAACAACUAGCACAAACUGGAAGAUUGAGUAAAUGAAAAAUGACAGACUGCCUAGUCAUGUGGUAUACGAUUCUAACUUUUGUUAUGAUUGUCCCAUGUUCAAACCCUGUCUGUUUCAUUUCCAGCAGGAAAUUUGGGCCCGAACAUAGUACAUCUAAAUAUGUAUGAAACAAGUGGGUGAAAUGAUAUAAUGACUCAAAAUUUUUAAAAGUGAACUAUAUUAUAUGUUAACUACAUAGUGGAUAAAUUACUAUUCCCUCUGAUCUGUUAUUUAUUUAUUGCUUACCCCUGUCAAUAUUUUCCCCAUUAAAAAAUAUCAGUUUAGCUUUCAUUUCUAUUCCUUAGGGAAAAUUAUAUGAUGUUAAACCCUUAUUUUAAAUUGAAAUUUGUAGUAAGUACUGUAUUCUGAACCAGUAUAUAGCUUCUAAUGACAUGAACAUUAGAAGAGCUUACUGGAUGUUCCUGUCUUCCAUUAGUAAAGGUCGGAUAUACAUAUUCAAAUGCAGACCAAAAGAUAGAAUGCAACAUAUCUAGUUUAAAAGCUUUCAGAAGAUAUUAGUAAACUUUGAUACAUUCACAAGGAUCAUUGCUGAAAAUAACUACAGUUGCAAUAGUGGGCUUCCAAAUAUUUCUUUUAUAUUUUUAAUCAUUAGUUUUAAAACAAUUUCCUUUCCCAUAAAAGUUGAUUUUUUUAAACUCAUACUGAUGUUUUGAUUUCAAGUAGAAAUGCAUAAAAAGCACUCAAUGCCCUCUGAUGUAAUAUAUUUGUUUUGUUUAUUUCAUUUUGUUUAACCUUGUUUGUAUGUGUCCUUCAUCCUAAUUGUACUCUAAAAGUCUUGGUGGGAAAUAAGUUCAUCUUUUCAUAAAGUGUAUAGUGUAAACAAUAUUCAAUAUAACAGGUAAAGAAAUGUUUUGUUUUACCCAUGAAUCAGAACAAUAAGGUCACUAAGCCAUCACAAUCUUCUAUUCUCAACUAAGUUCUUCAUCCCCUAAUCUAUGUCUAUGACAAAAAAACAUUUUUAUCUAGAGUUUUUAGCUUGUCAAAUUAUGUUGUACUAAUUACCAUAUAUAGACAACUGUUGAACAAAGAGAUAGUUUGGUGAAAAUUUUGCUUUAUAUUUGAUUUGUAAAAAGUACAUUUCAUUCUCUCAGACAAGAUGUGACCAUACUGUAUUUGUCAGUCUAUAGUAUUAAUCAUGUAGCAAAAUAUGAAAAUCAUGAAAUAAUAAACAAAUAUAUUUUAUCAAGUAAGUUUUUAAAAAAAUGUGGCAGGAAUUAAUGAGUUUAAUUUCAAAAAGAUCUCUUCACUCUUUUCAAGAUGAAAACAAAAAGUUGUAUUCACUAUUGAUAGAAAUUUCAGAAUCUAAAAUUAUGUUUGUUAGUUAAUAUUUAAAGAGAUUUCCUAUAUAGAUCAAAGCCAUUUUUUUUUAAAAGAUGUAUUAAUGAAAAAUAAACUUUGAUGGAACUACAAACUUAACUUUAAAGCUUUCUUGUUUGAUUUAUUUUAAUAUAUUUUAGUGCAUGACAUGUAUAACUUCCCAUUCAUCCUUAUAUCGGAUUACUUUACAACAGUGUUAAUGCUUCCAAUACAAAUAUGUAUACAGUGAACUGAAUUUUUUUUUUUCCAGGAGCAAUAUGUUAAUAUGGUGAGCUCCUUAGGAGAGCAUAAGUCUGUAACCACACCUCUCUUUUGAACCCAGUUCUAAGAAUCUUUCUUCAUCUGCCCCCAUGUCAUUCCAGUAUGUUCAACUUCACUGAUAACUGACCUCUUCCAGGUUUGCUUGAGCCUGCCCACUUUCUUUUUUCA